AGAAUGAGAUUCUACUCGACUACUUGCAGUGAUCGAAGCUCAUUUGUAACUACUCUAUGUUUACCUCAAGAAAAUAGACAGAAUUUUUCAGAAUACUAUGAUUUUGUGAACAGACUAAAAAGACGUCGUUUCAAAGGUACCUUACUUGGUUGUCGUUAUGUGUCUUGUAACACACGUGUCUCUUACACUCACUUUGAAGGCAACAGUUGGUGUCUACAAGUUGGCAGUUUGAGAGUCUUCGUAGACCCUUGGCUCGUUGGCAACUUGCAUUUUGGUCCCCAAUUUCUGUUUUCAGGAGCUAAAAAGUCUCUCAAGGACAAGAAGUUGGAAGAUUUUGGAAGAAUCGACCUGAUUGUUCUUUCGCAAGGUCUUCCUGAUCAUACUCAUGUGCCAACUUUGGAGCAAAUAGACAAGACUAUUCCAGUGGCAGCUUCCAGGAAGGCAGCUGAAAUAUGCAAAAAACUCGGUUUCAAGAAUGUACAGCUUUUAAGGCAUGGUGACCAAUUCUGCUUUCGUAAUUUAGUUCAAAUUACAGCUUACGAGGGUUCAAGAGUAGGACCUCCAUAUGAAGUACCAGAAAAUGGAUAUCUCUUUGAGACUUUUCAGAAUUUCCGUUUGUUUUAUGAACCUCACGGAAAUGUUCCUGAAAAGGUCUUAAAUGAGUUGCGAAUGAAAUCAUUAGAUACUUUGGUUGUUCCGGUAGUAAAUGCUGCAGUCAAAUGGAUGGGCUUUAAAUUCGACCUAAUAAACGAUCCAGGAAGUGUUUUGAACAUCGUAAGACAUCUACAACCAUAUCAGCUUGUGCCUUUGAUGAAUAAUGACUUGAAUACUUUUGGAUUGCUUUCCAGAGCAAUAUUCUCAAAGGGCAGUUUGGAAGCUUUCGCACAGUCGAUUCAAGUUUCUGGACUGAGAACCAAAGUCAUCAACCCAGUCAUAGGAGAAGCAUAUGUAUUGUUGUAAAAUAAUAGUCUCAGAAAGAUAUAAAACUGGAGUCAGAAGAGAGUGAGUUAAUAAACAGCUGUUUGAGUAG